AUGGUGUGCGUGGCCGCUGGCGCGAGGCUUCGCCGACACAUUCGGAGCAAGCUCAGCAAUCGUGUGCUCGUGCCUCUGAGCGGCAGCUGUUAUGCCGGCACUGCGAGGGGACGACGCAUUCGGAGCAAGCUCAGCAACAGCAGCGUGCUUGUGUCUCAGAGCGGCGGCCCUUCUGCUGUUGGUGAUUUGCCUCACCUUGUUGGGCGUCAGCGCUGGAGCGAUCGCGAUAAGCAAUGCGGGCAUUGUAGACCAAAAUUCUUCUUCUUCGUGCCAGACGCUGCCGCGCGGGUCGCUGCGCUCGAGUCUGAGCUGGAGGCGACUCUCGAGGCGGCGGUGCGCCGGGAGGCGCUCAACGCCCAGACCAUCAAGCGGGAGGCCCUCAACGGCGCCGGCGCGCUCGAGGCGCGAGAGCUCCGAUCGCGGGUCGAUGUGCUGUACCAGGAGAACGACGUGCUGACGGCGCAGGCGCGGCUGUCGGCCGACGAGCUCGAGCGGCUGCGGCAGGAGCGCGCUGGCGGCGUCGAGGACCAGAUGCGCCUCGUCGGUGAGGUGGGCGAGCUGAGGGCGCACGUGGCGGCGGUCGAGGCGGCGGCGGCUCGCGCGGCCGCCUCUCGCGACGCGGCGCGCGAGGAGCUGCAGCGGUGCGGCGCGGAGCUGCUCGAGGCGCAGGAGCACACGCAGACCGCCUUGGCCAUCGCCGAGCGGCACGCCAACGAGCGCGACGACGCGCUGCGCACGGCGGCCGAGCUGCGCGCGGCUCUGGAGCGAGUCCGCGGCAAGGAAGAGGCGGAGCGUCGGGCGCUGGCCGCCAGGGCAGAGACGGCAGAGGCCGCCGCCGCCGCCCAGCAGCAGGCGGCGCGCGCACUCAAGCUCGAGAUGUCUGCGGCGAAGGAGCGGGAGCAGGCGGCGCUGCAUGCGCUGCACGACUCGCGCGCCGACGCAGCCGCUGGCGGCAAUGCGAUCCGCUCGCUCGAGGCGCGGGCGCUGCACGCCGAGGGACGGGAGGCGCGGGCGCUGCACGCCGAGGGACAGGCGGCCAGCGCGGCGGCGGCGCUCUCCAAGUGCGAGAGCGAGCUGGCGGCGGCGCAGGGCGGGCGCGAGGCGCUCGAGGCGCGAGCGGCGCGUGCGGAGGCAAGGGCGGAGACGCUGCAGGAGGCGGGUGCGCGCAGCGCCUCGCUGCGCGAUGAGCUGGAGAGUGCCGAGCUGCGGUGCGCCGAGCUGCAGCAGCGGCUCGAGCGCCGCUUCGGAGGGAAGUACAUGCGGUCGCUGCAGGGCGGCGCCGGCGGGGCGAGCGACGGGGCUGCCCAUGGCGUGGAGAGGGAGGCGGCCUCCUCCUCUCUCUGA